AGCACUUGCCGGCGUUUUAACAUAUGGAAACAACGACGGAGAAAGAAAUCGGAGAAAUCCAAGAGUCAACACCAGAUCCAACCGUCGGUGCAGUUGAUGUUCCGGCUCCGAAGCAGACCCCGAGCAGCUUGACUGCGAAGGUACCCGAAGUAGAGACCCACCUCUAUCGCCGCGGCAAAGGUCCCAUUGCCAUCUUCAAGUCGAACUUGGGAGGAUGGGAACAGGACCAGCUCGAGGUCCGUGACAUCCUCGACAAGUACGGGUUCAAGUCUGUGUACGCUUUCAAUCCCGGAUCGGGUCGGGGAGUUCCUAUCCGGUUCCAUCCCAGGAACGGAAGGUCAAUCCUUGGAUACAAGGAUGGAACUGUGGUUUACAUAGAUGGAGAACCAACGGAUUCCCUGAUGAAGCCUGUGACCAAGAUAUUGAUUGGUGUGGCAGUGAUAACCAUUCUUAUAACAUUGAUAGUUAGAGAUACACCUGAAUGGCUCAAGAAAUUAAAUAUCUUUGGUGGGGACUUCCCUCCAUGGGUCCUUGCUUGCAUGGUUAUUGUUUUUGCUCGCAUGAGGAAGAGAACCAAGGACUUCUUGAAUAAGCUUGGCUGGUAAAAGGGUGCUGUGGAUACCUUUUUUGUAGUGUUGGAAUGGCUUGAAUCUAGGAGGCAAGUGAUCUGGAG